AAGAAAUAAAAUUACUUGAGCGAGACGUCGACCACAAAGACCCGAAAAAUAAAAAUAAAAAGGAGAGACAGAGCUCAGAGAAGCCCUAAUUUAUUCUGUCGCCUAAAUCAUGAGGCUAAUUUUUCAACCAUGCGCAAGGGCCGUUCCAGCUUUCAGGAAGUAUCUGUUGCGCUCUGUCGGAACCCUAUCAUCGCCGGAGCUUAACGACAGACUCCGUCGUCAUAUCGACAAGGCCGGUGAAGAUCCAAAGGCUUCAUUCGUCCCAGUGCUGGAGCAAUGGAAGCAACAGGGAAAUCAAUUGAAUCCUUCGGAUGUUAGACUCAUCGUUGAAAACCUCCGCGAUUCAAAACGAUUUCCCCAAGCUCUCAAGGUAUCAGAGUGGAUGAGUGACCAGAAAGUUUGCGAUCUUGUUCCUGAAGAUUUCGCAGCUCGGCUUCAUCUGAUCGACAAGAUUCUAGGUUUAAACGCAGCAGAGAAGUUCUUCAAAAGCAUUCCCGAGAACAAGAGAGAUGACUUUGUUUACACCACUAUGUUAAGCUUCUACGCAAGAUUGGACGAAACUGAGUCAACCCUCUGGAAGAUGAAGGAGAUAGGGUACCGCUCGAAACCGCAUAUUUUUAAGCACAUGAUGUCUUCGAAAACAUUGGCUAAAGCUGAGUCAAUCUUUGGGAAGAUGACAGAGCUCCGCUACCUCUCGAAACCCUCUCCUUUUAACCACAUGAUGUCUCUCUACAUUAGUCUAGGUAAACUAGAUAUGGUACACGAGAUUCUCAGCCAGAUGAAAGAGAACAAUGUUGAGCCGGAUAAAAUCACGCUAAACAAUAAACUGCGGCUUUACGCAGCCGAAUCCAAGAUCAAAGAAAUGUUGAAGCUUUUAGCAAAGUGCGAUACAAAUACAUUUGAUUGGCGAACGUGCAGCGACAUUGCAAAAGCUUACCUGAGACAAGGGUCAGUGGUUGAGGCGGUAAAUAUGCUGAGAAGAGCCGAGGAAUCACUAGUUGAUCCCGAGUCAAAGAAGUUAGCUUACAAGUCCUUGAUGCGGUUGUAUGGGGAAGCAGGGAAGGCUGAAGACGUUUCCCGUAUAUGGGAGUCGGACUAUUUCGAGAAGUGGGAAGAAGAUUAUCGAUUAGUACUUUAUAUCUUACUCAAAUUAAACCAUAACAAUGAGGCAGGAAAGAUUUAUAAUAGUUGGAUCCCCCCCAUCAAGCAUGAUGUCAGAAUCGUGGCUAUGAUGGCAUCUGCUUAUUGCGAGAGAGGCCAGCUCAAGGACGCCGAGGAUGCUAUGUUUACGGGUGUGGUACGCCCAGCCUUAGAUAACGUGUUGCAGUUAGCGCUCCUGGCUUUGGUUGUCGUUUUAUGUAAGCUUGUGGUUCUGGUGAAGUUCAUUUUAAAGAUGGCUUUCGAUGCAAUAACAACGUCGAUCUAAGGAUAAGAAGGCCAUGGAGAAAUAGAACAAUAGAUUUAGAUUAGCUUUCCUAUUGUUAUAAUCGGAGAACGUAAUUAGGAACAUUGCAUCAUCUUUUAUGCUUUGUUUUUUCACUUGCACAAAGUUGGAAACCUACUUCCAACCCUGUUUUCAAAUU